AUGGAAGAUCCUUUUGCAUAUCUUUAUUUAUUUAAUAUCUAUGUGUUUUCGCACCCCCAAAACCAGGUUGGCGUCAAUAGACCCGUCGAAGAUCGUUGGUCAGCUUACACCUUUGGCGAGUCAGUAGAGGCAGAUCAUUCUAGUGGCAAUGCCUUAGUGCGAGUUCAGGAACAAAAUCCAAAGGAAACUGUCACGAUUGGUGGAAAUAUCUUCAGCGUGAUUGACGGCCACUCAGGGCACACUUGUGCACAUGCUAUCAACCUGCUUCAUUCAGACUACCUGGUUGCUGGCCUACUCCCUAUUAAUGUAGCUGAAUGCGUAUUGGCUCGUCUUAGACCAGGCGAUGGUAUAGGUUUUUCACAUGACGACCAAUUUGCCGGUCUGCGCCCAGGCGCUGAACUAGCUGAAUCCUUUUGGACACAUCCGAACGCCCAGGUCACAAUGGAAUCAGAGGAUUACAGGCUUGGUCAUCCCACUAUCUGCAGCAACGAAGGAUCCGGACCGACUGUUACAUUGGGGAAAGAUGAAGAGGAUAUUGGAUCACGACGGGAACGUGGACAUGCUGCUGUCUGGGGCCCUUGGGGCCCCUGGGGCAAUCUUUCACGCAUUGUUCGGGAGUAUCACAUGCGUCAUCUUCGUGCCUUUUUGGAGGAGCGCAUCGCCUUUGAGGACUACGAAGAUGAGGCUGACUCUCUACAACUAACCAAGAAUGGUGAUAUCAUUGAUCCUGAAGGGCAUCUGGUUGCCCACUUUCCCUUGUCAAGUCUUAAUUCUUCAUCAAACUUCUCUUCCUCUGCCAGCAUCGGCUCUUUAUCCUCUGCUUCCUCAUCUAGUCUUGUAUUUGAUAAAACAAAUUCUCUACUCGGUGACUCUAUGUCUCGCCAUCUCAACUUCACGCCGCGGACGACUGGCCUAGACUCAUCACUUCAUCCACCACAUCAUCAACACCCGUAUUCUCACGCAUCUUUGCCUUUGCCUUCAGGCCCAUCUGUUCCUGGCACUCCUGCUUCCCUAACCUCCACUCUCUCUAGCAAUAUAACUCCUGGACUUGCUCGCGUAAUGGGCGUGGUUUCUGCGAUUCGACGCAGCUUGCUUCGGCUUGACCUAGACACAACGACUGCUGCGUUGCCCUCGCUUGGCCUAGGAUUGAAUAAGGCGUUGUUACGUAUCAUCAUGUCGGGCUGUGUAGCCACCUCAGUAUACCUGCCUUCAUUUGGCCAUGAGGUCUACAUAUCUCAGGUAACUUGGGCGCUGAAAUGGCUGUUCUACAUACUCUUUUUUUUGUAA